UCCAGCCUUGAUCACACUUUACUAGUAGCAAAAUAUUCUUGCUUGAGACACGCACUUAGAACAAAAUUGGGGCAGUAAUUGUGUUUAUGGUCGAUCGUUCCAUGGCGGUCAAGUCUUUUUUAGUGCUGUUGCUGCCUGUGGCCCUCGUGCUGCUCGCAGGCAGCAGGCCGGCAGCGGCUCAGCUGGAGGAAGGCUACUACAGCAAGACAUGCCCGAACGUCGAGACGAUCGUCCGCGAGGAGAUGGAGAAGAUCAUCUUCGCUGCGCCCAGCCUCGCCGGCCCGCUCCUCAGGCUUCAUUUCCACGACUGCUUCGUGAGGGGUUGUGACGCGUCUGUGCUGCUCAAUUCCACCGAGGGCAACAUGGCAGAGAGGGACGCCAAGCCGAACAAGAGCCUCCGGGGCUUCAGUUCCGUGGAGAGGGUGAAGGCCAAGCUCGAGGCCGCCUGCCCCAACACUGUCUCCUGCGCUGACGUCCUCACCCUCAUGGCCCGCGACGCCGUCGUGCUGGCCAAGGGCCCAUUCUGGUCUGUCACGCUGGGGAGGCGAGACGGCAGGGUGUCCAGCGCCACAGAGGCGGCCGACCAGCUGCCCCCGUCCUACGGAGACAUCCCGCUGCUAACCAAGAUUUUUGCCACCAAGGGCCUCGACCUCAAGGACCUCGUAGUUCUCUCGGGCGCGCACACUCUCGGCACGGCGCACUGCCCGUCUUAUGCCAACCGGCUCUACAACUUCAGCGGCGCUUACCACGCCGACCCAUCCCUCGAUAGCGAGUACGCCGACAGGCUCAGGAUGCGCUGCAAGAGCGUCGACGACAAGGCCAUGCUGUCCGAGAUGGACCCUGGCAGCUACAAGACCUUCGACACCAGCUACUACCGCCACGUCUCCAAGCGGAGGGGGCUCUUCCAGUCUGACGCCGCUCUGCUCACCGACGCCACCACCAAGGAGUAUGUCCAGCGCAUCGCCACCGGCAAGUUCGAUGACGAGUUCUUCGGGGACUUCAGCGAGUCCAUGAUCAAGAUGGGAAACGUCGGUGUGCUCACCCGGGUUGAGGGGGAGAUCAGGAAGAAAUGCUACAUUGUCAACUAGACUAGCUACUAGCCAAAGCUUAUCUUGAUUCCAAAUUGUAACUGCAUGAAAUGCUAGGGCGCAUGACUAUCUGUUUCAAUCAUUGUUUUGCGUUAAGUAUUGUUUUUUGUUGUAAAUUCAUUCUUCUCACUAUCUGUUUUAAUCAUUGUUUUGCGGUUA